AUGUAUGAUUGCUCAUCGCCGUGGAGUACAGACACAAUAAGAACUGGUUAUACAGUAGAGGGGAGACUUAACACAGUUCUGUAUAGUUUGAGAAUGAGUUCGUUUGGGAGGUUGAGGUUGGUGGUUUUAGUAGCGGCGAUGAUGGUGGCGAUGGUGGUGAAGGCUUCGCAGGACUACGGGGAUGCAUUGACGAAGAGCAUAUUGUUCUUUGAAGGCCAGAGGUCAGGAAAGAUACCCUCUACUCAGAGAAUGACUUGGAGGAAAGAUUCUGCACUUCAUGACGGACUUCAGAUUGGUGUUGAUCUAGUGGGGGGUUACUAUGAUGCCGGUGACAAUGUGAAGUUCAGCUUUCCAAUGGCAUUCUCAACAACAAUGCUGGCAUGGAGUGUGUUAGAGUUCGGGAAGGACAUGGGUGCAGACCUACCCCGUGCACUUGAUGCCAUUCGAUGGGGAACUGACUACUUCCUCAAAGCCACAAGCAUUCCUGGCUUUGUGUUUGCCCAAGUUGGUGAACCUUAUGACGACCACAAUUGUUGGGAAAGGCCUGAGGACAUGGACACCCCGAGAAACCCCUAUGCAGUGAGCAAACAGUUUCCGGGUUCCGAACUCUCGGCAGAGAUUGCAGCCGCCCUGGCAGCCUCUUCCAUGGUUUUUAAGCAUGUUGAUCUGCAGUACUCUGCAAGGCUUCUCAAACGGGCUAGAAUGGUAUUUGAGUUUGCAGUAACAUACCAGGGCUCCUAUAAUGAUGCUCUUGGACCUUGGGUUUGUCCAUUUUAUUGUGAUUUUAGUGGCUAUGAGGACGAACUGAUUUGGGGAGCAGCAUGGUUGUUCAAGGCAACUAAGAUCCCUACAUACUCGAAGUAUGUAUUGGACAAUGUGGAAGCUUUACGGAGUUUGGAUGGGAUACAAAGCACGCAGGCAUCAAUGUACUUGCUUCCAAGCAUCGACAUUGGUUCUAGUCCUUUCGUUAUCAAUUCCGACAAGUUCAUAUGCAGUUUGUUACCCGACUCGCCAACCCUAUCAGUCUCAUACUCUCCAGGUGGGCUUCUGUUUAAACCUGGAGGAAGUAAUCUGCAGCACGCAACAACUCUGUCAUUUCUCUUGGUUGUUUAUUCUCGCUAUCUGAGCAAAUCCAAUAGAGUAGUUCACUGUAACAAUGUUGUUGCAACUCCAGCUAGACUUGUUCAAAUUGCAAAAGGCCAGGUGGAUUACAUACUAGGAAGUAACCCAUUGAACAUGUCAUAUAUGGUCGGAUACGGCAAAAAGUUUCCCCAGAGAAUUCAUCACCGGGGAUCAUCGUUACCGUCGGUAGGUCAACACCCUCAACAAAUUGGUUGUAAAGAAGGAAGCGUUUACUUUGGCAGCAGUAAUCCUAACCCUAAUGAGCUAACUGGGGCUGUUGUCGGAGGUCCAGAUAUAAAGGAUGCAUAUACAGAUUCUCGAGUGGAUUUUGUGCAUUCCGAGCCAACCACAUACAUCAAUGCACCAUUCGUAGGCGUCUUGGCUUACUUCAAAUCGCAUCCAUGA